AUGACUUCUCAUGCAAUGUCUCGAGUCGCUUGUACAACCCAUGGAAUAAUGUCGAGGCUCUUAGGUGUUCUUCUGCUAGUCGCUGGAGCGAAUUGCAUGUACGCGUCCAAUUCAGCCGUCAUUGAACUUAGGCCAAAUAAUUUUGAUAAUUUAGUGUUAAAUAGCGAUCACGUAUGGGUGGUCGAAUUCUACGCGCCAUGGUGUGGACACUGUCAACAAUUGACGCCAGAAUAUGACAAAGCAGCUACUGCAUUAAAGGGUGUUGUAAAAGUUGGAGCGGUAAAUGCUGAUGAACACAAAUCCCUGGGAAGUAAAUAUGGUGUUCGUGGUUUUCCAACAAUCAAGGUAUUUGGACUUGACAAAAAGCCGGAAGAUUACAAUGGUCCGAGAAGUGCAGCUGGCAUUGUCGACGCUGCGUUAAAUGCUGCCAGUCAAAAAGUUCGACGAGCAUUAAGUGGUAAAACUUCAGGAGGUGAAUUCAAGAGCAAAGAUACCAAGGAUGUGAUAGAAUUGACGGACGAGAACUUUGACAAGACUGUUUUGAACUCCGAAGAUAUGUGGCUAGUUGAAUUCUACGCUCCUUGGUGUGGCCACUGCAAGAAUCUAGCGCCUGAGUGGGCGACAGCAGCUACCGAACUGAAAGGCAAAGUAAAACUGGGAGCUCUAGAUGCUACUGUCAACACGUUGAAAGCAAGUAAAUAUGAAAUCAAAGGCUAUCCAACAAUUAAAUUCUUUGCACCGGGCAAAAAGGAUGCCGACUCGAUACAAGACUAUGACGGCGGUCGUACAAGCGGUGAUAUCGUUAAUUGGGCUCUUGAGAAAUUAGCUGAGAACAUUCCGGCACCGGAAGUCGCUCAAAUUACUUCCGAGAAGAAGCUGAGGGCUACAUGCGAAGACAAGCCGAUCUGUGUGGUUUCCGUUCUGCCACAUAUUUUGGACUGUCAGUCUGAUUGUAGGAACGGAUACCUGAAAACUCUUAGUACUCUUGGCGAAAAAUAUAAGAAGAAGAUGUGGGGUUGGGUCUGGGCCGAAGCUGGUUCUCAACCGCACAUUGAGGAUGCGUUAGAGAUUGGAGGUUUCGGCUAUCCCGCGUUAGCAGCCGUUAACAUCAAGAAGAUGAAAUAUUCCUUGUUAAAAGGUAGUUUCUCAUAUGAUGGAAUAAACGAGUUCCUACGAGAUCUAAGUUAUGGCAGAGGUGGCACUGCGCCCUUGAAGGGUGCUCAAUUACCUGCUAUUUUCGAAACCACACCUUGGGAUGGUAAGGACGCUGAACCUCCGCAGGAAGAGGAAAUCGAUCUCAGCGAUAUAAAUCUAGAUGAUAAAGAUGAACUAUAAUUUACUAAAAGCCAAUCAGCUGAAUUCUUUUUAGAAGAAUUUAGCGCACACGACUUAUAUCGUUUUAAAUUAAAAAAGAAAAGAACUACUUAAGGGCGUUAAUCGCAAAUCAGUAUAUAAGUCACACUCGCCCAAAAAUUUAUUUUGUAUUGUCAGACUUAACAUCUAUACAUACUUAUAUACACUUAAUAAGAAAAUCUACAUCGAUUAAUUUCGUAAUAAAAUUAAUGGUAAUUGAUUCCAUUUUAAUCAAUGGUUUUUGUAUAAUAACAUCAGUAUAUAUGCGAUAUCAUCACUAUGUAUCCUAAGAAAGACCAGUUCUCAGGUGCGGUUGUCUAGUUUUAUAAAAAAAAACAUGCGUUUAAUUCUUCCAUCUAAAAGCCAAUUUUAUACAGUUUCUUGUGUUGCUAUAGGAGAAGCAAACUAGCUUAGAACUUCGUCAUAAAAUGUGCGCAUGUAAUUCAUUAUUGUUUGCAUCGUUCUCCUGUUUUCAUAAGAAAAAAGGUAGAAUAGUUCAACGUACGCGCUCCGUGUAUCCAUGAUGCAUUUAUUAGCCUGCUUGCUUUUGUAAAAGUGGGUUGUUUAAGAUACACAUAGUUUAUGUAAAAAAAAGUCCUAUUUGUAAUAAAUAUAUAUCAUACAUUUACAAGUAUAUUAUUUCUACAGAGGUCAUUUUUAUGAGUAUAUUUUAUAAGCUUUAUACAUACUGAUAG